AUGGAAUGCGAGUCUAAAAGAGUCUCUCUUCUUCCUCUUCCUCUCCCCACCACUGAGUUCAUUUUUAAUUUUAUCAAUAUUCAUACAUGGAAAUUUAACAUUAUACACAUUAUACUUAUUCUAUCAUUUGUCUUUCUAUUCAUUUCUUUUUUCUUUCUUUCUGAACUCUUUCAUUUUUUCUUUCUUUUUCUUUGUCUUGUUAGCCUCAGCCUGAUUUUUCUUUUCCUUUUCAUCUUGCUUUAUUACAAUUUUCUUUUUUCUUUCUUUUUCUCUAUUUCAUCCAAUUUUCUUGUUCUUUUUUUCUGCAUUUUUAUCCCUACUGUCUUUUAUUCUUUUUAUUUCUAUCCAUUCAUUCUUUUUUCUUGUCUACUUCUUCCUCCUCUUUUCUUUUCACCUAAUAUAAAGAAUUUUAUCUCAUUGUUUCUUUCUUUCUAUUUUCAUUCAUUUCUUUUUGCCUUUCCUUUUUCUUUCUUUCAUUUUUCUAUAUUCCUUUGGUUUUUUGUUCAUUGUUUUUUUUCAUUCCUCUUUCUUUCAUGUUUUCUUUCUUCUUUCCAUUCUUUUUUAAUUCUCUAUUUCUUCUUCCAUUCCUUUAUAAUUCAUUUCCUACUUCUUUCCUUCUUAAAUUUUAUAUUCUUUUUUUUUCAUCAUUUCUUUGCACAUUCUUUUUUGCUUAUUCAUCCGUUCUCCCUUCAUUUCUCUUUCAUUAUUUAUUUCAUUAGUUCUUUCUGCUUUCCAUUUUUUAUAUUUGAGAAGAUAUUCAGUAUCCCUUUUCAUCUCUUUUUUCUUUUUUCAUUCUUUCUUUGUAGCAUCUUUUCUCUUUCUUUUUGUUCUAAUUAUAUCCUUUUAUUCUUUUUCUUUUUAGUCUUUUCUUUCCCAUUUUUUCUUUCUUUCUAUUUAAUUUCAUGCACCUUUCUUCCAUUUUGUUACCCACUCUUGUUUCUUUUUUCCUUUCUAAUUUUCUUUCUUUCUUUCUUUCUUUCUUUCUUUCUUUCUUUCUUAACAAUUUUUUCUCAGACCUCUUUUUUUCUGAUUCCUCAUUUUUUAUUCAAUUCUUUAUUUUUCUUUUGCCUUUUACUCCCAUGUUCUUUCUUUCACCCUCUAUUUCUUUACCAGUUUUAUUCUUGA